AUGAUCGAUCAUAUAGCCAAUCCUCCCCUAGCUGCAGCUACGUCUGAACCCCCAAUCCAACAAUCACAACAACAACAACAACCAACACUCUCUCAACCCAUCCCAGCUCAACCACCAUCAAAAUCAGAGAUCGAACGUAAAUUAUCUUUCAGGUCUGCUUCAGCUCCUUCAUCACGUAUGCACGAAUCACCCAAGAAGAAGAAAUCUACCCAUCCACCACCUCCUCAUGCACCUUCAGGAACAUAUCACACCUACUCAGCAUCAGGCAACGAAUCCGACUCGUCCUCUAUCACUUCCUCGACACAACCACCUAUGAUCGGUUCACCCAAUCCUACUUCUCCGAUCCUCACUCCAGCGACUACAUCAGUAGGUGGACUGAGUGCGAUUGCAGAGAGGAAGUUCGGUGGCGAGAUUAUUGAUGAGGCUGAGCUGGAAGAUGUAGAAGAAGAGAACGAAAAUGAGAAUGAGAAUGAGGAGGUGGAGAGUGCUAGUGAAGCCGAGGAGGAACAGGGUUUGCAGAAGGGUAUGGAAGGUGAGAGGGUGGUCAAGAGUGGCUAUCUAUGGAAGAAGCAGGAAAGAAGAAAGGCUUGGAAGAAAAGAUGGUUUGUUCUACGCACAGAGAAAUUGGCUUAUUACAAAGACGAGAAGGAAUACUCCCUCAAAAAAGUCAUCGAUCUUCACGAAGUUCACACCGUCGCUCCAGUAACAGUCAAGAAACACCCUCAUUCGUUCGGUAUCGUCACGCCCAAACGAACCUUCUUUGCUAAAGCCUCCCAUCAAGAUGACAUGGAGGAGUGGGUACGAGCCAUCAACGGUGUUCGAAGAAAGUUGUCAGAGAGGGAAGAGGAAGAAAGGACGAAACGGGAGAAGGGCGAACACCAUCACCACCAACAUCAACAAAAGAGCAGUUCCAUACCCAUUCCUUCCAAUCGAGAGCGAUCAACCAGCGAACACGUGAACGAUACUACUUCUCCUGGAACAAGCGUAGCUACCUCUGGGUCAUACUUUGUCAAUAGACCUAAUCAACAAGGUAUAGCCUCACCUCAAGCUAUACAUGCUGCUGGACAUGUAUCACCUUCGUUAGCCUCUGGUGGAGUCAUUCCACCAUCUUCACCUAUGGACACUACCAAUUCGCUCGCAUCGCAAAUGGCUAAAAUGAGUAUCCCAACACGUAGAACGACAUCUGCUCAAUCGGUUCACUCAUACACUCAAGCGCAGUCAUCAUCUGGUUUGAUGGCGGGUAAAAACCCCUCAACGGCUGGUUCAGUCCAAUCAUCUAGGUCUGUCAGUGGGCCAUCGCCGUCGACAACAGCAAGGAGAGAGCCUUCAGCGUCAAGUAUCGCGUCCUCCAUUCCUGCUGGUACGGGUGAUCGACCAAUGGCACUCAAUUUGCAAAGUAGUGGUAUUGGCUCUGGAUCAAACCAAUUUGUCGUCAGCUCAGAAGAUGAAGAUGAUAUCGAUCUAGCGGAAGCGAGUCAAGGUAGAAGUGUAAAUGAUACUAUCCAAAGUUUACCCUCGACACCUAUCGAUCCUACCAAAGUCAUCUUAUCGGCUUAUCUCAUGAAACGAUCGAAGGGUAGAGGCAGGAAAGUAUGGAGGAAGAGAUGGUUCGUGUUGACUAGUCAGGGUUUUACUUACACCAAAUCACAUAUGGACACAAAAGCCCUUCGAUUUAUCCCCCUCACCUCAGUGCUCGACGCAUUGGAAGUAGACGCAUCUGAUGAAUCCCUUGCAUCAAGCGAAGAAGAUCGACCUCCCUCUCAUCACAACCAUAACCCAUUCCAUCCGCAUUCACAUCAGUCGCACCAAUCCCAUAUUCACGCUCAAACAUCAACAUCUCCACCUGCCAAACAGAAUUUCACCACUGCCAUGCGAGGCAGACUCUCAUCUAACGAUGCCGCGCAAUCUGCAACACCCAGGAAACAACCUUCUUUACCUGGUGGAUCUAUCGAGAAGCACAGCGAAGAGAAUAUAUUCAGGUUAAUAACCGCUAAAAGGACCUAUGUUUUAUGUGCACCAAGUGAAGAAGAUGAAAUUAAGUGGUUGGCAGCUACUAGAGCUUUGUUAAAUCAACUUAGAGUAACUCAACAACAGCAACAACCUCUAAGUCCUACGAUGAAUCAAGGUCAAGGUCAAGGUCAAGGGCAGAUACCCACUAUAACUCAACAGCCACCUACACCUGCUGCGUCAUUAUCUGAACGACCCAUCGUUACACCUACACCUCAAAGAUCUAACUCACAAAGUGGGAUUGGAAGUGGAGAAUCUCAAGGACAGCCUCAACCGACCCCUACAACGAUACAAAGACAGAUAUCCUCUUCAUCUGCAUCUGGAUUUGGAUCCGUGGCCAGUGGACAGACACCUGGAUCAAUGACGAGAGGCAGAAGUGCAACGUAUAUGGCUAAAUCGGCUGUGGCGGAUGUAGUUAAGAAGUUCCAUCCGGAGACAUAG